CGAGAGAGUUGUUUGGAACCAUGGUGGAAUCCCGGCCCUCUCGUCUGCCCGUCCAAUCCCUUCCGCCCCUCGUUUCCGCGGAUCGCAGCCUUGCGUCGCUGGUUGCUCGUCACCUCAGCGGCACGAUCUGAAUCUCUCUCUUUCCUUCUCUUCUUCAUCCCCGUCGCUUCCAUUCCUUCUCUGCCGUUUCUAUCUAUCUAUCUUUAUCGCAUCGCAUCUGAAGAUGGCACACUCACCUCAUUCUCACCACGAUCAACAGGCCUCGACCAACUACAAGGAAGCUUUCUCGCUGUUCGACAAGCGCGGUACCGGCAAGGUCGCCAUCGAAUCGCUGGGCGAUCUCCUCCGUGCCUGCGGGCAGAACCCCACGUUGGCGGAAAUCGCGGAUCUGGAGAAGAGCGUGGGCGGAGACUUUGACUUCGAGUCGUUCUUGAAGGUCCUCAACCGCCCCGGAGGAUUCCGCGAUCCCGGCGAGCCCGAGGAAUACACCCGUGGAUUCCAAGUGUUUGAUAAGGACUUGACUGGAUUUAUUGGAGUGGGCCAACUGCGCUACAUUCUUACCAACCUGGGCGAGAAGAUGUCCGACGAGGAAGUCGAUGAGUUGCUGAAGGCCGUUGACACUAGCUCCGGCGAGAUCAACUAUACCGAUCUCGUCCGCACCAUCCUUGCCAACUAAACGACAUACGAUACCCUUUCCCUGACGCUUCGUGACGAAAUGCCUCCUUUCUUCUUCCCUGCGCGAUCCCUGUUGCCGGAGUUGUCGGCUUGAGAUUAGAUUAGUUCAUCUGUUAUAAAGUUUAUUCCGCUUGUAGUGUAUAUGGAGCUG